UUUCUUGCGUUAGGGUUUUUACUAUCAGAGCAUCAGUAUCUCACACACACACACACACACACACACUCACUUCUUGUCUUUGUGACGUGUGGUUAUCUCGGGAGCAAGGAUCGAGUUCAGAGGAUAUCCUGCAAGAGUAAGUUAACUCACACUCAGUCACCUCGCUGGUACACGCUACACGCUACACACAUCAGUGACUCUCAGACUGUGUGCCAAGUAAUUUUCAUUGAUAGCUAUAAACACUGCACUGACUAUACAUAGAGAUGGUGCGGCGUCAAACUCCAAUAUAUAUCAUUAGUGCACUGCUAAGGAGUAAAGUUUGAGAACCUCUGCACUUGUUGACUUCAUACUCACACAGUAUUGCACAAGCCUCCAGCCAUGAAGGACACGCCCGCCCUCCUCCUCCUCCUCCUCCCUCUGCUGCUGCCUGGAGGAUUCCUUGGCAGUGCCCACGCCCAGCAAUGUUCCUCUGCUUUCCAGACCGUGAACCAUCAAUACAACUUUAUUACCACUGCACACAGAACAGAAGGUCACCAGACAAACACAACCAUGUACGUGAACCCAGAGCGAGGCCUGAGAGUUGUGCUGGAAGUGGAAGGAAGCGACAACAACUACACCGCCGAGUUCGUGCUGGGGAGAUACUGUUUCCCGGGUUACUGGCAGUGGUGGGAGUUGUGGGUGAAGGUGAAGCUUAUGAGAGCAUCCUCAAUGUACGGCCAAGUGAAGACAACAUACAAACUUCAGGUGAGGACAAACAUGUGUGUCAGAUCGUGUACCAAGACAAUCAACAUGCAAGGUCUUGUCAGCCUCCACGUCUGGGCUUCCGGCGCCUCACGUUGGAGACUUGACCACCCGGGGACACACUGCGGCACCAUCCCUCAAUGGAUGGCAGGCACUUACAUAUGGACCAUCCUGACGUGCAGAGAUGGUAAACUUCCACCAAUAACGACAACCCUUCCCACGUCCACAACCCAUGCCACACCCAGAACAACCUCUCCUACGACUAAAACAACUUCUCCCACGCCCACAACAACCCCUGCCAGUCCAACAACAACCUCUACCACUCCAAUAACCCUUGCUGCGCACAAAGCAAUCCCUGGCAAUCCUGCAGCCACUAUGACUGGUGGGAUUGUUGGGGGAGUAGUAGCAGGAUUAAGUGUAGUUGUGGCGGUGAUAGUGAUGAUUGUGCUGAGGCGGCGGCGUGGUGAACCAACAACGGAAGGCAAGAACCAGUGUAUGAAAAUAUUGGCAGGCGAGAAUCUGUCAACAGCUUGUAUGGAACUGUUGAGAGGCAAGAAUCCGUCAACAGCCUGUAUGAACCUCUUGAAAACUUUCGACCCACACAGUAAGGGAGCCAAUGUCAACAAGGACUCUCUCCCGGGACACCACGCUGACCACACCUCUUCCCCACUCCUGUACAAGGCAACAGCUCGCCGGUUCGCCCGCUGCUUGAGCUGCUCUGCUUUCCUUUGUGUCCCGGUGUGA